AUGGCAGAAAAUCUGAGAAAACUGGUCUCGAGCGAAACUUUACAAUCGAUGCACGACAAGCUAGAGUCCUGGCUGAGGGACUACAACACAAACACAUGUGAUCAAAAUCUCAAUCGUUGCCUUGAGUUCAUUGAACAAAUUUCCAAAGUGCAAGGACAACUCUUCAGGAUCCUCACCACGGCUGCCCAAGAAGGAGGACACAAUGAUGGUGUGGAAAUAAUCAAAUCGCGCCUUUUGCCUUGGCUGGAGGCCUCCUUUACUGCUGCUUCCCUGGGAAACACUGUUGACAGCAAGGUCCCCUCUCUACAGGACACGUUUGAUAAGGAGAGACGUAAAGAUCGAGAUCGGGACAUGCAGCAAUUAAACUCUGAGUUGAAUUCAACUCGUAAUCAACUCAACCAGGUUCAAGACGAUCUGGCUGAAACUGAAAAGACUCUUGAAGAAACCAAGAACAGAUCGGCCAUAUCCCUUCUGGCUGCAGAGGAGGAAAUAAAUCAGCUAAGAAAGCAGCUUAAAUCUCUUCAGGCCCAGGAGGAAAGCCGCCACAAAAACUUAGAACACAGAAGCCCAGAGCACUGGAGUGUGGACUCCAGAAGCUCGGAGCCCAGGACCUCAGAGCAGAGGAAGUUGGAGCAGCGGGUCCUGGACAAGAGGAGCACAGAACACCGGACCGAAGUGAUAUCCGAUUAUGAGAAACAGCUUCAGACGCUGAAGGACGAGAUAGCGGUUUUGUCCGCUGAAAAAUCUGUACUCCAAGGAAGGUCGGUCCGGAGCCGCACUCCCAGCCCUGCCCCGCGCAGCCGCAGCCGCAGCCGCAGCCGCCCCGCCAGCCCCUCCACCGCAGUGGCCAAGGUCAGGAGCCCGUCGCCGAACCGCGCCAAAGCGUCCAGCGUGGCGCGCAAGGCUGCCCUCCUGUCCCGGUUCAGCGACGCCUAUUCCCAGGCCCGCCUGGAUGCACAGUGCUUGCUUCGACGCUGCAUCGACAAUGCUGAGACGGUGCAGCGGAUCAUCUACGUUGCCACCGUGGAGGCGUUCCACGUCGCUAAAAUGGCAUUCAGACACUUCAAGAUCCGUGUGAGGAAAUCGCUGACGCCAUCUUACGCAGGGUGCAGUAACUUUGAGGAUGCCGUCUCGGAUUAUAUCAUUUGUCAUCUGGAUCUCUAUGAUUCCCAAAGCAGUGUUAACGACGUGAUCCGAGCCAUGAAUGUCAAUCCCAAGAUUUCAUUUCCUCCUGAAGUUGACUUUUGCCUCCUCAGCGACUUCAUCCAGGAGAUAUGUUGCAUUGCUUUUGCAAUGCAGACUUUAGACCCACCCCUAGAUAUUGCAUUUGGGGCUGAUGGAGAAAUUUUUAAUGAUUGCAAGUACCGUCGCAGCUAUGACUCCGAUUUCACUGCUCCCUUGGUCUUCUAUCACGUGUGGCCUGCUCUCAUGGAGAAUGACUGUGUCAUUAUGAAGGGAGAAGCUGUCACCAAGAGAGGGGCCUUUUGGAAUUCAGUGCGACCUGUAAGUCGAUGUCGAAGCAGGAGUUUAAGUCCCAUCUGCCCCCGUAGCCAUAUUGGUUUAAGCACGGUAUCUCGAAGCCGGAGUCCUUCUCCAAUAAGAUGUGGAUUGCCGAGUAAGUGGGAUGGUUUAGACGGCACAAGUUUUGUGCUUUUCAGUGCUCUUUUUGGUACUCAGCGUUGUGCUGCAAAAUGA